CGUGAAUGCAUCUCCAUCCACAUCGGGCAGGCGGGCGUGCAGAUCGGCAACGCGUGCUGGGAGCUCUACUGCCUGGAGCAUGGCAUCCAGCCCGACGGGCAGAUGCCCUCCGACAAGACCAUCGGCGGCGGCGACGACUCCUUCAACACCUUCUUCAGCGAGACCGGCGCCGGCAAGCACGUGCCCCGCGCCGUCUUCGUCGACCUCGAGCCCACCGUCGAGGACGCCGCCAACAACUACGCGCGCGGCCACUACACCAUCGGCAAGGAACUCGUGGACAUCGUGUUGGACCGCGUGCGCAAGCUGUCUGACCAGUGCACGGGGCUGCAGGGCUUCCUCAUCUUCCACUCGUUCGGGGGCGGCACCGGCUCCGGCUUCACCUCCCUGCUCAUGGAGCGCCUCUCCGUCGACUACGGCAAGAAGAGCAAGCUCGAGUUCUCCAUCUACCCUGCGCCGCAGGUGUCAACGGCCGUGGUGGAGCCGUACAACUCCAUCCUGACGACGCACACCACGCUCGAGCACUCGGACUGCGCCUUCAUGGUGGACAACGAGGCCAUCUACGACAUCUGCCGGCGCAACCUGGACAUCGAGCGCCCCACCUACACCAACCUGAACCGGCUCAUCGGGCAGAUCGUGUCGUCCAUCACGGCGUCGCUGCGCUUCGACGGCGCGCUCAACGUAGACGAACCUCGUGCCCUACCCGCGCAUCCACUUCCCGCUCGCCACGUAAGCACGUGCGCUCCUCGCGCGCAGGGUUCGCUUCAGAGGAAGCUCCAGGAAACAUUUCACACGGGGAUGCUGGGGGCUUUAUAUGCUCCUGUUAUAUCAGCAGAGAAAGCAUACCAUGAACAAUUAACUGUGGCUGAAAUCACCAAUGCAUGCUUUGAACCAGCAAACCAAAUGGUGAAAUGUGACCCAAGACACGGCAAAUAUAUGGCAUGCUGUAUGCUCUACAGAGGAGAUGUAGUACCCAAGGAUGUGAAUGCUGCCAUAGCCACCAUCAAAACAAAACGUACUAUUCAGUUUGUGGACUGGUGCCCCACUGGAUUCAAGGUUGGCAUAAAUUACCAACCUCCAACGGUUGUCCCUGGAGGUGAUUUGGCCAAGGUGCAGAGAGCAGUGUGUAUGCUUUCUAAUACAACUGCCAUUGCAGAGGCCUGGGCUCGUCUUGAUCACAAGUUUGACUUGAUGUAUGCUAAACGUGCAUUUGUGCACUGGUAUGUUGGAGAAGGUAUGGAGGAAGGAGAAUUCUCAGAAGCCAGAGAAGACUUAGCAGCUCUGGAAAAGGAUUAUGAAGAAGUGGGAGUUGAUUCUGUAGAGGGAGAGGUAGACGAUGCUGAGGAAUAUUAAGAGGAGACUCGUUAAGAUUCCAGAACUGCUGGUUUGCCUGCAUACAAUCAUGUAAUACAACAAAAGUAAAUUCUGUUGUGAUGUUAUUGCGUACACAUAAAACAAUUUGUUUUUCUUUAUUUUGUUUAUAAGAAACCUUUGAUGAAGAGUAAAACCGCAGUUCUUGUCUUCCUGGCGUUACCUGUACUUUGUUCUCCUCAUAAGCAAUAAUUCACAUGACCAUAUUUCAAAUUAUACACAAAUGAAACUUUCUCAUGAUUAUUAUUGGUUAUUAGUAUAAAGAUUAUAAACCUAAUCUGUCUAAUGUCCAAUACUGUUCAUGGGCAAAAUGAAGAUUACAAAAUUAAAGCACCUUAUACAAACAAAAACAAGAACAUUUAGAUAAAACUGGUUUUUAAUCACCUAAAGUGUCUACUCUGUUCAGCAAUUUUUUUGUUCCUAAACCAGGAAUUAGCAAGGAAUUGUUAUCAUGUAAAGUUUUGCCUUAGGUGUCCGUCCAUAUAUUAAAUGAAAACAGUCAAUUAAAAUCUUGGUUGUCAACACAGCCCACCAUGAAUUUUUAUGUAAAGCCUAAAUGUCUCAGUUUUUAUGGACUGUGUUAAUUCAACAUUAGUCUUUUUAGUCAGUUGUGAACACAAACACAAGUAACUUGAAUGGAAUAAACUAAUAUUAUUAACUUUUUAUUUGAAUUAUUUUCUUCUUAAUACUGAAACUCCCAACUCCUUCAGCACAUUAGAAAACAGAUGUUCCCUUCUUACAGGUGUCACUAGACUUCCAUUAGAUAGUAACAUACGUUCUGUCAUACACAUAUAUUCAUUUAAUUUUUCAAAAAUUACAUAACUGUUUUUUAAAUAUUUCUCAUAAUAUUAUAACAUUUGUUAACACAGAAGCUUCGAAGUAUAUAAUUUUCUUUUUAAAGAUUUUGACUGCAUUUGAGUGUUUCUGAAAAUACAGA